GCUAUGGAGGUGUCAAGAGUUUUUAGUAAAGCUUUUACUAAAACCAAUUGAAUACAGCAUCAUGUCUGAGACUACAACACUUAAAAUCUCUUACAUUUUUCCAAAUGGAGACAAAUAUGAGGGCGAGUGCUCUCGUACUUCAGAUGGUGUGGUUAUAAGGAAAGGGUCUGGCACACAGUCAUCAGCCUCUGGACUUACAUACACUGGGGAAUGGGCCAAUGAUAAGAUGAAUGGCAGAGGAACUCUUACACACCCAUCAGGGGCAAUUUACAGUGGCCUGUUCAGAGACAACGUGUAUCAUGGCAAAGGAACUUACAGAUUUCCUGAUGGGACAAAAUACACUGGAAACUUCCACAACAACAGAUUAGAAGGUGACGGGGAGUUCACAGAUUCACAAGGACUUGUGUGGACUGGGAUGUUCCAUAACAAAGCAGCACUGGGGCUGAAGCUCAUAGUCAACAUGUGACAUGCACAGAUACACACACCAUUUAAAUGAAUACAGUGAAACCCUUUAUUUUCUGUCCCUUUUCUGAAUUAGAUGGCACUCACUAAAAAGUGUUUUAUUGUUUUUUUAAUUUAAUCACUGGAUCAAGCUCAACUUUAAAAUAUAUUUUGAAGUACUGAAUUAUCAAAUAGGGAUAGAACAAUAUGAGCAUGUUUUCAAGACUAUAAAGAGAGUCAACUUGAGGCAAAUCAUUAAGAAUUAACGCCUGUGAAACUACUGAGAGAGAUUAAGAUACACAGUGACGCAUUACCACAACUAGCAGCCCUGAGGCAUUGAUGUGAUCUGUUAUACAGAUUAAAUGACUUCGGUUCCAGCAGCAUCCACUGAAGAUUAAAAACACAUGUUCUUACACACCGCACUU